AUGGCCUAUAUCGAAGGCGUUCUGAUCAAGAUGACCGAUCAUCAUACCUAUGCCAAAGUCACUCUUAGUGGCAUGCCAUUCACUGUACUCAUCCAACAUAUAAACCUGCUUCUGAUUGCCAAAGUUGAUCUAGCAGGGCAGCCGGGUACGAAUGCAGGGAAACUUGCGUCUGCUUUUGCCUUACUCCAGUCUACCCGUGGUAUCGGCACACCCUGGCAAGUCAAGAAUAUUCCGAGUCACCCGCUUGUGCUUCGAGCAAAACCACCCAGCCGAGGCCAGUUCAUAAGAAGGCAGCUAGCGAUUGCAAUAUGGGAAGUUCUGGCCUUGAUUCUCGUGCUCACGUCAUUAGCAACUCAUGAUGUGCAGGAUGACGAUGGGUCAUACAUAUACGGAUCAGGGCGCGAAUUCCAGUUGGCAGAUUCUAGCAUGAAGCAGCUUCUCGGACGAGUCACAGUCACCUUUCUCUUUGGGUUCCCCGGAUCGAUGCUUUUCCUGGACGCUAUGUACCGGAUGGCAUCUCUAAUCUCAGUAGCGGCCAGAAUGACAACAAUUGCUUCGUGGCCCCCGGAGUUUGGGAGCCUGGCCGACACGUCUACUGUUCGUGGAUUCUGGGGCAAAUUUUGGCAUCAAAACCUCCGCUGGUCAUACACCGGUGUUUCAACAGCAAUCACCUGCCGUAUCCUCGGCCUUCCCAAGCCCUCCCUAACAGAGCGAUAUCUCAACCUGACCAUAGUUUUCAUUCUCUCCGGGUUAAUGCAUGUAUUCACAAACGUCGCCAGUGGAAUCGAAGGGGGAAACACCGGCGCAAUGUUGUUUUUCAUCGCACAAGCCGGUGCCAUCAUGUUUGAGGACGCGGUCCAACACUUAUGGGCUAUCUUGUCACGAGGAGAGAAAAACACUGCUGCUGAAACACCUUUCUGGCAGCGAUGUGUUGGAUUCAUGUGGGUGUUUUGCUGGUUGGCUGCAACAUUUCCCUGGUGGUGGUAUCCUAUCAUACGGAUGCUGGUGGCAUAUGACUGGACUGGGGUGUUGGAUGUUGUUCAGGGUCUGGGAAUGACCAAGUCUAAUCUUUCUGUAGUGGUGACUGUUGGUGCGGUUGUUUUGCGGCUGGGGUUUGGUACUGAGAUCUGA